UGGAACGCUGUAUUUUCGUAUUAUAUUGGGUUUCUGAGGGAGUGCACGCUGGAGAGAUGCAAAGUGACGAGGUUAUAUGGCAGGUAAUAGUGAACCAAGGGCAGUGCAGCUAUAAAGUAGUUACCGGCAACGAAACUUUCUGUCGGAACAAGUAUAACGUGACGAGCCUCUGCAAUCGCAGUUCCUGUCCUCUUGCAAAUAGCCGGUAUGCAACCGUCGUUGAAGAGGGAGGUGCAGCCUUCUUGUGCAUGAAAACUGUUGAGAGAGCUCACACGCCUGCGACGCUCUGGCAUAGAGUGCGGCUUGAUAAAAACUAUUCCACGGCGCUCAAACAAAUUGAUGUGCAACUUACCCACUGGUCAAAAUUCCUCGUACACAAAAGCAAACAACGCCUCACUAAGAUUUCACAGUUUCUCAUGAGGACGCGAAAGUUGAUGCAACGGAGGAGACCCAAACAAAGAACACUGCCGGCCCGCCAGCUGAAAAGAGAGGCGAAGAGAGAAUCUAAGGCACAACUUGCUGCUCAAUUAGAGAAGACGAUUGAGAUGGAAUUACUGGACCGUCUGAGAUCAGGAACUUAUGACGUACUCGAACCACAAGAAGUGAAGAAUGUUACAGAGAACGUCAGACCGAAUAUGAACGAUCUUACAGGAGAGAAACAAAGAAAACAUCUUGAACUGGAAUACGAGGGCGUCAAUGAAGUCAACGAGUAGCAAAAAGUUGUUGCCUUUCCACAUUUCAAAAAUAUGACUACGGAAGUACAUUUUAAGUAGUAGAAGUAUGUUACGAAUUCGCGAGAUGCUUCUGUGGACUGUUGUUAAGCCUUUUUCGCGUGAGAUGACUAGGAAAAAGUCGCGUAUUUCAUUCGCCAGGUAGCAAUAACUUCUUAGUACCAGAACUUCAAACUGCUGGGGUAUCGUCGUGUCUACUGAAUAGACAGUCCACGAGCCUGCCGCUCUUAGUGUGCAGGUCAAAUAGAAUGCCUUCGAUAGCUAGACCCACGUAGAUGUGAUGUUCCCUUCACGGAUUGAUAGGCAACUAGGCACUCAGAGUAAUCUACAAACAGUACUGGGUAAGUCUGCCGCUUCCUGUGAUGUGAAGCGAUUUCCGUAUUCUCCGACAAGCAAGUGAAAAUCCACAACGCUGAUUGCUUUCAGGUUUACAACGUGUAUGAACUCCAUUGGGGUUAAAACCAAGUGCUUAACAGCACAGAAAAAACUGGAUACAGUCGUUUUCGUCUGCGACACGGCAGCGGAUUUCCUGAGAGCAUCGUAACACUUAAGCUCUGUAGACAAGGGUUCGCGUGGUUGCGGACUGUAAGAAAUAAGUCCCGGCCCUCGCGAACGCUGGCGUAGUAGUUCUAGGAGCUCAAAGUUGAAAACGAGUUCUUCGUUUGAACAUAAUAUGUGCAUGAAUUUGAUAUCUAGGGCCUUCAAGCCUGAACGCAAUCACCAAUUGAUGUCACGCGAGCCACUGGUUUCUAGUCGCGCUAGCUAGUGUAUGUUAGUUGCUAGCUGCUAGCCGGCUCUAGCUACCUUCGAAGGCAGUUGUUAGCUAGCGCCCAACGCAGCUGCGAGCCACUGGGACUGGUUCUAGCUAGUCUAGCUAGCUACGUUGUAGCUGGUCAGGAAGUACAGCG